AUGGGAGGUGACUUCAACACCUAUGGGCCCAACCCCCUCGACCGGUCAGCCCCAACGCUACGCACUGGCGCCAACUAUGAUAUCGGCAUUGCUUUCCAGCAAUGGACGCAACGCUUGGGGCUCAUCUCCACCUUCCGUCACCUCCACCCUACCCUCCAAAGGCACACCUACGCCCGCAACAACACGGCCGUUACUCUCGACGAUAUCUACAUCUCGGCCCGAACAGCCCACAAAGUGGGAGCUAGUGGCAUCUGGCUACACACCAUCAACUCCAGUGAUCACACAGGCACUCCAUACAUGGCUCUGGACCUCUGCCCCGGCGAUUACACCCCCUCCCGGCUUACUGGAGUCCGGCCCAUACGCGUUGUCAACACCCGCACCCUUGCCAAGGCGGAAAUUGAUUCCUUCGGCGGGCACACAUCCCAACUUCUCCUGGCAGGUCAACUCCCCCAACUCACCCCCGUGCCCCCCUCUACCGCCGCCACAACGUGGCCCCCCCCAAGAAAUCGAGGACUGGCUUGA